AUAUACCAAUUGAAGCAUUAAGUAAGCAUCUUGAUAGUCGCUUAUCAUCUAUGAUGUCUGAAUUAAACUGGUCUCAUAAUGAAUUACUUUACAAAUUUGCUCAACUUGAAUGUAAACUUGAUCAAAUGAAUAAACUCUUAGUACAAAUGAAGCAGGAACAUGAUCUGCUGCGAUUGACAUUCACUAGACAUAGGCCUUUUUAAAGAUAUUUUUCAUAACCGUUUUGUUUAUUUUUCCACCCCCGUCUUUCUUUCUCUCUCUCUUUCUGCUGUCACCAUUUUUGCUAUUCAAAGUUAUUAUGUACACCCUUCUGAUUUUGCAUUUUGUCUUACACAUACACGCAUUUGGGCAUUUUGUCUAGUUUAAGAAAAAAUUUUUGGAAUACAAUGUUAGCAUUUAAAAAAAAGGAGGUAGGGUGGCGCUAGCUGAUCAGUAGAUAUGGUGGUGGUCACUAAGGUGAAUCACCCCAUUCUGCAGGAACAGCAAUAUACAAUUUAAAGGCUCGAGAUAUUUCUGAUUUUUAUGAGGGCUUAGAUCUUUAUCUUGAAAAAGAUAAUAAUGAACGCCUUGACAGAUCAUGCUUCUACCUUUAAAUAUAUACCAUUCGCUCAGCCUAUUGUUGAGAUGCGACCACGCGGGAUCUGCACAGAUUUAUGGGGCAUCUUAUAAAUUAACUUGCUAUCCAUUGUCAGAUCUUUAAAUACCACUUCACAAUGUCUUAUUUCACUUAUUUUCUAAUAACGUCUUUACUUGAUCCUCAUUAUAUUCCAUUAAACCUAACAUUUUAUAGCUUUUUAUGAAUUUCAUUCGAGUUAUUCUAUUCCUAUUCUCUAGAGGGUACGGUUGUGCACCAAAUAGACAAAAAGGCAUGAAAUAAAAACAACUGGCCUGAAAAAAUUGUAUUAAAGCCAAAAAUGGACAUCAUGAUAGUACAAAAUAUAUUGGUUUUAUUAUACAUUGCAAAUGAACGUUGUCGGCCUAAGGAUUAAUUACUUCCCCAUUCUGUUUUCUAUAUAUGUGUUUAUUAAUGAUAUAUUUCACUAACUUAAUCUAUUACACUUUAAUGUUUCACCUUAGCACUUUUACUUUUCUAAAACAGCUUCCAAUCCCUUGUAAACGUUGUACUUACCUCAAUAUUGGCUGGUUAUCGUAUGCCUACAACCACGGGAUGAAGGGUGAGUAUAUACGUGGUUUCGUGUUAUAUUUUCCGCGACAAAUUUUUUUCGUCUUUCAUUGGCUAGAACAGUGGCGGUCAAUUGGAGUUUGAAUUGUCCUUGGGUGCGUGCUGUCGGGUGCUGUAUUUGCGUGGUUGUGUUUGCGUCGUUUGCCAGCAUAUGUGAUUACUGUAAACGUGUAUUAAACUAUUGUAACGCUUUGUUUUUCUUUGUUUGUGCAUGUACUAGGCAUUAUUUGUCGUACAAUUCGUUGUUUGGUCUAUUGGUUGCUUGCGAUGUCAACGAACCGUCCGUUGCAGGUAGUCAAUUCGAGUGACAGGAGCACAGAUUUAAGUGGAAUUUUUGCUGAAUACAUACUUGGAAAGCGUUUCUUCAGCUGGGAUGAAUUUGAGAAGUCAUUAGCAGAAUUUCAAAAAUUAUCCUACACUCACUAUGUUCAUAAUUGCAGCAAAACGAUACCGGAUGCCAGGUUUAAGUACGCUUAUGUUGGUUUUAAAUGCACUUUUGGAGUGAAUCGUACAAGACCUGGAUUGAAAUUGAAAAACAAGUCGUCUAAAUGUUGCAAUUGCUCGUCUUCAUUUCGCGUGGUUUUGCAUUAUAGUGAAUACAUAAUUGCUUCCCACAAUAUGGUGCAUAACCAUCCAUGCAGCAGGGUGUACAUGCAGAAUGACCCAUGGUAUAGACGACUAACAGUUGAAGAGAAAGAAAAUAUUGAACCACUUCUUCAGCAAUCCCACUCAUCCGAUGAAAUAAUAAUGCAUGUUAAGGAGAAGUACAACAAGGAUAUAACUCGCAUUGACGUUAAAAAUAUGAAAGCCGCAGUGAAUAAAGGUAUUUCGAGUCGUCGUGACAUUUUUGAAUUCCUAAAAUCCCGUGGGAAGUUAAUGGAGUAUUAUUCCGAUGAACCGAUCAGGAAUUCACUAACAAGAAUUUGUUUUGCAACUUAUGAGCAAAUGGAAUUGUAUAAACAGUUCCCUGAAGUUGUUGGUAUCGACUCGACGUAUAAUACGAAUAAGGGGAAGUAUUCUUUGUUCCAGCUACUUGUGACGGAUAAUUUUGGUCGUGGACGACCAGUUUUAUUUGCGUGGACUAGAAAAGAAUUCAAACGAGAUGUAGUUUGGAUAUUAGACUGUUUCCGGCAAAUAAUGGAAGACACCUCCAAAACAGAAUCCUUCAUUAUGGAUUGUGCGCAAGCUGAAAUAGCAGCCGUCAAGUUAACGCACAGACAAGCGCACAUUGUUUUGUGUUCUUUCCAUGUUUGCCGAGCUUUCUGUCGGAAAACAAGAAAUCCCAUUGUGAAGAAUUAUUUAUGCCGUCUAGUGCAGUGUAAAAGGAGAUCAGAAUUUAAUUUCUACUUCAGAGUUAUUAGCAGAUUGGAUGCUAAUGUCAGUCAAUAUCUACAACGUCGUUGGAUGCAUCGACGAGAAUUGUGGGCAGCCUGUUUCAGAGAUAACGUGCUGACUUUUGGGAACGAUACAAAUAAUCGUGUCGAGAGUUCCCACAAGCAGAUGAAACGGUUUUUGCAAAGAUCUGAUAGUCUGCAUAAAAGUAUGCUAAAGGUGUAUAAAUGGCAUAAACGAAGUUUUUCAAUAAUACAGCAGGAGGCGAAUAUUGCUCAAUCACGAUGCUUCACGUAUCCCUGUUCACAACGUUUAAUCCCAAUUAUACGGUUGCUGACGCCAUACGCCGCGAGGAAGGUAAUACGUGAAUACCAAUGGCGACGAUGGGCUAUUGUUGAGUUCGAAUCCUUUGAUUAUGUAUUCUUCAAAGAAAAUGGGAAUACAGUGCAGGUUGAUCUGAGUGCUUGCACCUGCACGUGCUUUACAUUUCAGACCUGUCGGUACCCCUGCCGACACUUGCUUUUGGUCCACUUCAGAAAGCCGUAUUUCACAGUUAACCAUGUGAUGCAUAAUUGUAAACAAUGGACGUGGUCACGCAACUUGUUCGCAUCUCAAAGUACGUCAGCAGUUAUCCCUCGAAAUCGAAAUGAUAUAUACGAUACCAAAAAGAAGAUUAUCAUUGCGGGUAUGGACAGAAUUAAUGACAAAUUUGGAGAAGUGUUUGCCAAUACUUAUGCAGACGGAGUAAUCGCAGGAAUCAAUCGUGUUCUUAAUAUGUAAAUAAACUAAAUUUGUAUCAUAAUGAAAAUAAAAUUUUCAUG